CCUCCCUCUGCUCUUCCAUCAGCUCCACUUUAAAGCGGAGCGGAGAAUGUGAGCGCGUCCCCGCCGGACGUGUCAGCUGUUUGAGCGCGCGCUCGGACACGGGUCUUUAACUAUGGGCGCGCACAUCCUGGAGUCCAACUCCAGCGGCAACCUGACGCCUGCCGUGUCCGAGGCUGGGGCUGUGCUCCCGGGGUACCUGGUGGUGAUCCUGUCGGUGCUCAUGGUGACGCUGGUGAUGGUGGUGGUGGCCGGGAACGCGCUGGUCAUCAUGGCUUUUAUUGUGGACAAAACCCUCAGAACUCAGAGCAACUACUUCUUCCUGAACCUGGCUAUUUCAGACUUUCUAGUGGGUGCGUUCUGCAUCCCAGUCUACAUCCCCUACAACCUAACGGGCAGGUGGGUGCUGGGCAGGGGGCUCUGCAAGGUGUGGCUGGUCAUGGACUACCUGCUGUGCUCUGCCUCCGUCUUCAACAUCGUCCUCAUCAGUUACGACCGCUUCCUGUCCGUCACACGGGCGGUGAAAUACCGAGCUCAGAGGAACAUCACCCGCCAGGCCGUGCUGAAGAUGGGGGCGGUCUGGGUGUUGGCCUUCCUCCUGUACGGUCCUGCCAUCAUCUUCUGGGAGGCCAUCGUGGGUCAGAGCAUCGUUCCGGCCCAUGAAUGCUACGCAGAGUUUUAUUUCACUUGGAACAAGAACGGGAACGCCUGCCCCGAGGAGGACGUCAAGCCCAGGAAGAAGUUGAAGAAGCACAAGGAUGGAGCUGGCUGGUCCGUGUUCUUCGUUAAGACCAGGAAGGUCAUGUCUAGCGAGCCGGCAGCCAUCUCUGCGGUAAUUGAGGACGAGGACAUACUGUCGCCCUCCUCCAGCGAGUGCCCUGACACCAGUCAGAUCUUUGUUCAGAGAGAGAAAUUCUCUCCUCACAGGAAAAACUCCAGGCUGUUUCAGCCCACGGCCUCCUGCAUGGCUCCCGGCCGGAGGACUCCAGGAUCACGUCUUUCCAGAGACAAAAAGAUUGCCAAAUCUUUAGCCAUCAUAGUCUGCAUCUUUGGAAUAUGUUGGGCUCCGUACACUCUACUGAUGAUCAUCCGUGCAGCCUGCGGCGGUGAAUGUGUGGCAGAUUAUUGGUACGAGAUUACAUUCUGGCUUCUUUGGCUGAACUCAGCCAUCAACCCGUUCCUGUAUCCUCUGUGCCACAGCAGCUUCCGAAGGGCUUUCUCUAAGAUACUGUGUCCUAAAAGACAGUCUGUGCAGCCUCAGAUAGAGGCUCAGUCCUGUUAGACACAUUGUUUCACAGCCAUAAUUUAUAAACUCUGAUGGUCAUACACUGUAAAAACCCCACAUAAUGUUCUUCCAUAAAUAAAAAAGAUGUUUGUUAUUCCAGGAGCGCAGUAAGAACAUACAACAGCAAUACAACGAUGCAAAAGACAGAAAUGUUCUUUAAAGGGAUCCUCGAUUAGUUGUAACAUUAGAUUUUAUU